GAAGAAAAAUAAUCUGUGCAACACAUAAAUCAUUCAGGUAUGUUUCAUCAAACACUAGUCUGCAGCCACGAUGCAGCCGGAGAGUAGAUAUCUACCCUAUCUGAUGUAACCACUGUUGUAGGUCCUGUUCUUCCCCCCUCUGUCCCUUCCCUCACAUUUUUUUCAGGCGUCGGUGAGUGCAGUAUGCUUGGUGUUGGCUGAUAACAUUUCUCGGUAUCUCGGUUCAAGCGCAUGUGAACGGGCAAAGUACUUUGUCCUCUAUUAGGUAAGCCUGUAUCAGAAGGUUUGUGAACGAAGCUGGCGAGAGUUUUCGGUGGGAGAAAAGCCAGCGAACGGACAGCCGUCUGGACUGUCGAGAAUGCGAGAUGGAGUUCAGAGGGCAUUGGCUCCCACUGAUUCAACUUUUGCUUCUUCCUCUGUGCUGCAUAAUCACGUAUGGCUGGUCAGUUGCCCUUGGACAUGUACAACCAGGUUUCCCGUACAUCAGUGACACAGGCACCUACCCCCCAGAGAGUUGCCUGUUUGGCCUCCUCCUGAGCUGCUACUCUUUUGUCACGGCGACAUCAGUGUACGUGCGCUGGCGACAGGUGAGAACCGUGUACCUGGGCUUGGGCACCCGGGUUUUGCACCGUGUGAACAAUGCUGGUCUGGUGACGGGGUUCUUGGCGUCUUUCGGUGUACUCGUCGUGGCCAGUUUUCAAGAGACCAAUGCACUGAUCGUACAUCUCCUCGGGGCCUUUUUGGCCUUCGGUGUGGGCGCCGUGUACUUCUGGCUGCAGACUUACCUGACCUUCCGGACUCUGCAGCUUCCGGGUCACCGCAAAUGUCUACGCUCUUGUAGACUGGUCAUGGCCAUCGUCGUCACGGUGUGCUUUGUGCUGGUACUUAUCUUCGCUGAAAGGGCCAUGGCGAAAUCCGGCCUCAGCGGAAUGAAUGCCUAUGAUUGGGGGCCCAGUGAUGAGGGCUUCACGGAUCAUGUGGUGUCAGCUGCUUUUGAAUGGGUAACGGCUUUUGUGUCCGCCGCUUUUUUUGCUUCCUUUUUUGGUGAGUUCCGACACUUCACGAUUACCAUGGCAACAGUGACAUUUUUUGACCUCGGAAAUGGCGAGCAUCAUGAGAAUGGGGGCGUGGCCAAUGGCGGCUUCAGCAGCUGGGAUCUUCGCUCGGAGACAUCAAUCGUCUCCUAACAUACAGACACAUCUGCGUGCAUGUGUAGGUGCGUAGGUGCGUAGGUGCAUGUGAUACCCAUUCUUAGAAGAAGUUGUGUGAGUACACAACCCCUUCCUUUAUUUAUUUUUUAAUACGAUACCCCUGGUACAAAGCUGAGCAGCCGGCUGUAAAGCAUUUGUUGCUGGAGUGGACAGAGACAGAGACAGUUCUGAAAGUAUUUUCAACAGAAAGUGCUGAAUAUGUACAUGUAAAAGAAUGAACAAAUAAAUGACACGUACUGUACAAA